AGCGGCUGUGGUUCACCUUCUGAAACAAACAGGAAGAGAGAGCAGCGCUCAUGUCCACCUGCGAGGGACUGUGGACUGCGUAGGGAGACAUCCGACCGCGGCUGUGGAGAUUUCGGUUUUUUCCAACGUCACGUAGACUUUUUUUUUUUUUUUUUUUUUUUUUUUUUAUUACAUUGAGAACCUACUACAUGUGAAACUACUCUGCGUAGUGAAGACCUGACAGAUUUAUUAACUUUUCAGCUGUUUUUCCCGGCUGGUUCAUUCUUUCAACGACCUCCCAGCGGAGAGCAAACUUCAAGAUGCAGUGUCCCAGCCGCUGUCCAGACACCACCUGUAAGGAGCGGAGGCACAGGAAAUAAGAGACUUCAGGAAACGGCAGGUCCUUAUGGUUGAGGUGGUGUGUGUUGCCCCUUGCCAUGCCUCCUGCCAUGACAGACCUCCUGGACAUAUGGGCGGGCCACUCGCCCCUGGCCGGCCACGCUCUGGACACGAUCACUGUGGACUUUCUGCUGCCCACCGGUAUCUACAUCCAGAUGGACGUUCCUCGAGAGGCCACCAUUCAGCACAUCAAACUGCUCUUAUGGAAGCAGGCUCAGUCAUUCCCCAUGUUUCCCGCUUUGGGAGAGAUGGAAAGCCACAUGUUCGAGUGUGUCAACCAGGCGGCCGUGCACGAAGAACUGGAGGACGAAACCCGCCGUCUGUGCGACGUUCGCCCUUUCCUGCCGGUCCUCAAGCUGGUGACGCGCAACUGCGGCAGAGCAGAGCGCCUGCUGGACUCCAAGAUAGGCGUGCUCAUUGGCAAGGGACUCCAUGAACUCGAUGCCAUGAACGACCAGGAGGUGAAGGACUUUCGCUGUAAGAUGUUUCGUUUAAGUGAAGAGAGGAUGCAGCGGGUCCAGAUGAUGACAUGUAUGGAGUGGCUGCAGGCCUGCUUCUCCCCACAACUAGAGCCCAUGGCAGGGACGGCCAUCACGGACGGGCUCAACGAGCGGCAGGUCGACCUGAAAGUCAUUAUCCACUUCGACCAGUCUCAGGAUUCAGCCAGUGUGAUGGUGCCAUCAUCCUGCACCCCCACUGAGCUGAUGGAGCAGGCCGUGAGGAAGUGGCUGACCACCCACGGGCCGGAGGAGGAGGCAUGGCAGGGUCAGUACGUACUGAGGGUCAGCCACUGUCUGGAGUUCCUCUGUGGAGACGACCCCCUGAGUCAAUAUAAGUACAUCCGCACGUGCUUGCAAGCCAAGGAGCCUCCACACCUCACCCUGGUCCACACCAGCACCGUCAAGGCCAUGUUUGACAAGGAAAUCUCCGCCAUCGGAGCUGUGGUUAGCCGCAAGUCCUCCAACCCACCUUUACCACUACCUCCCAAGAGAAGAGUUCCCACGCAGGUACAGACGUGUGUGUGGGGCGUGUCUAGCCCGUUUAAGAUAGUCUUGGUAACAGGCAGCAAAGUGAACGCCGAGGAGACUGCCAAGGUCCAGGUGAGGGCGGGGCUCUUCCAUGGCACGGAACUGCUGUGCAAGCCAGCGGUGAGCAGCGAGAGCAACGGGCGCUCGGACCACACGUGGAAGGACAGCACGCUGGAGUUUGACAUCUCCGUCUGCGACCUGCCGCGCAUGACCCGCCUCUGCUUUGCCAUCUACGCCGUCAUGGAUAAAGUCAAGAAGCAGAAGUCAACCAAAAACGCUCACAUAAACAAAUACCAGACCAUCCGCAAAGCAGGGAAAGUGCACUACCCCAUAGCCUGGGUCAACACCAUGGUGUUUGACUACAAAGGCCAGCUCAAGAUCGGACACAUCAUCCUGCACUGCUGGUCCUCCUUUCCUGACGAACUUGAAGAGAUGCUGAACCCCAUAGGAACCAUUCAGACCAACCCAUACACCGAGAACGCUACAGCCCUGCACAUCCACUUCCCCGAGUACUCGUCACACCCCAUCAUCUUCCCUCCUUUUCUACAGAUACUGGAAAAAGCUGCACAGAUUGCCAGAGCGAGCGACUGUGCACCCAUGGGUCGUGGCGGUAAGAAGUUCCACAUAGAGCUGAAGGAGAUCAUGGAGCGUGACCCGCUCUCUCAGCUGUGUGAAAACGAGAAGGACCUGAUCUGGACACUACGCUACGACUGCUGGGAGAAUUUCCCGCAGUCGUUGCCAAAGCUGCUGCUCUCCGUCAAGUGGAGCAAACACGAGGACAUGGCCCAGCUGCAGGCGCUCCUUCAGAUCUGGCCCAAACUGUGUCCCAGAGAUGCUCUGGAGCUCCUGGACUUCAACUACCCCGACCAGUAUGUCCGAGAAUACGCUGUGGGCUGUCUGCGGGACAUGAGUGAUGAGGAGCUGUCGCAGUAUUUGCUACAGUUGGUGCAGGUGUUGCGUUAUGAGCCCUACUAUGACUGCGCCCUCACCCACUUCCUGCUGAAGCGUGCUCAGGGGAACCGCAAGAUUGGACACUUCCUCUUCUGGCAUCUACGGUCAGAGAUCCACAUGCCUGCUGUUUCAGUGCAGUUUGCCCUCAUUCUGGAGGCCUACUGUCGAGGCAGCAUCCCUCAUAUUGAGGUCCUAAAAAAACAGGUGGAAGCCCUGAGUAAGCUAAAGUCAGUGAACGAGCUAAUCAAGCUGGGAACCAUCAAGAACGCUCGCAGUAAAACCAAGGAGGCCAUGUUGACCAAGGAGGCCAUGAUGACUUGUUUAAGGCAGAGCGGUUACUCAGAGACUCUGUCAGACCUGCACUCCCCUCUGAACCCCAACAUCCUGCUGUCAGGCAUCAAUGUGGAGAAGUGUCGGUACAUGGACUCUAAGAUGAAGCCGCUCUGGAUUGUUUACAACAACAAGCUGCUGGGCGGAGACAGCCUGGGGAUCAUCUUCAAGAACGGAGAUGACCUGAGGCAGGACAUGUUGACCCUCCAGAUUUUGAGGUUAAUGGAUCUGCUAUGGAAGGAGGCUAACCUGGACCUUCGGAUCGUUCCGUAUGGUUGCCUAGCGACAGGGGACCGAGCGGGGCUGAUCGAGGUCGUGUCAUCGGCAGACACAAUCGCAAACAUCCAGCUGACCAGCAGCAACGUAGCCGCAGCUGCUGCCUUCAACAAAGACGCCUUACUCAACUGGCUGAAGGAGAGAAACUCCAGCGAUACUCUUGAGCGAGUCAUCGAGGAGUUCACGCUGUCCUGCGCAGGUUACUGCGUCGCCACCUACGUCCUGGGGAUCGGAGACCGCCACAGCGACAACAUCAUGGUCCGCAGCACGGGACAGCUCUUCCACAUAGACUUUGGUCACAUCCUGGGAAACUUCAAGUCCAAGUUCGGCAUCAAGAGGGAGCGCGUGCCGUUUAUCCUCACGCACGACUUCAUCCACGUCAUACAGCAGGGCAAGACGGGAUACACGGAGAAAUUUGGCAGUUUCCGUCAGUACUGCGAGGAGGCCUAUCUCAUCUUGAGGAAGAAUGGAAACCUCUUCAUCACGCUGUUCGCCCUCAUGCUGACCGCUGGACUACCUGAACUCACCUCAGUCAAGGACAUCCAGUACUUAAAGGACUCUCUGGCGUUGGGUAAAACGGACGAGGAGGCGCUGAAGCAGUUCAGGCAGAAGUUUGACGAGGCCCUGAGAGAGAGCUGGACAACCAAAGUCAAUUGGAUGGCCCACAAUGUGGCCAAAGACAACCGCUCGUAGAGCAGCUGAGACCCCUUAAAGCUGGGGGGGGGGUCAGGGGCCGAGGGGACACGGAGAAGGAGUGUGUGUGCGGGGAGCGAGGGAAGAAAAGGUGUGGCGAGGAAACAGAGCAACAGCCACCCGGGUUAAAGAAGGGAAAUAUCAAACAUAAGCAGAAUAUCCAAAAACAGCAGAAUCAGCCCUGUGUAUCGUACCUACUCUCCACACAGGCCUGCAUCCUUAAUUUCUGAUUUCCUCCUCGCCUUGCAUCACUCCGGCAUGGUGCGUCCUGAAAAUCCGGAUUCAUGGUGUGUGACAUUUCGUUGGAAUCAUGGUGGGUUAAAAUCAUUGCAAGUUUUGCACAGGCACAACAGCAGAUAAGAGCGCACAGUCAAAGGAAGGGGAACUGAAGCACCCAGUCUGCCCACACUAAAGAUGGCUGGCCCCCCUGAGGAGCGAGCUGACAUCACAGAUCCUGUUCUGGAUCAGUUGAACUUUGUCGGACAGACAGAACUGGACUCUGAGGCGGGUUGAGGUGUGACUACGCCCCUCCACUGCUGUUAGGUCAGUGGAGAUAUGAGAGGGAAGUGGAGAGGGCGGAAUUGAAAAAAACUUUUCUGAAACAAUUUCUGAAAACAAUGUGCACAACGCCCACAGGAAGUGCGUCUUAACAGUCUCUCCACCGCUGCCUCUAAGCGUGCCUCAAAACUGCAGGAAGAUUGUAUUUUUUAAGACCCUACUUUUUUUUUUAAUUUUGCCAUUUUAAGAAUUUAUUACCAGAUGUUUAUGUGCCAGACUACUUUAUUCGCCCACAGAGAAACUAUGAUGAAAGAGGAGCUGCAGUUAGAGGAAGAAACGUCCUGAGCCUGUCGGUCGGGCGUUUGAAUCAUUCGGACCAUCGAACACUGGAAUGUUUUCAAAAAGACGUCUACGUGAAAUUUCAAGUUGUCUUUUAACUAAACACUUCAUUUUUAUUUCAUUUUAAACUCGCAGAGUGCUUCGUCUCUUUGUUCAUUUUUCAAAUCAAGUGAAUUAUCGGCCUCAGUGCGUCGUCACCUGUGAGGUCUCUUAAAGUCUAAAAUCUCUGACCCCCGAUGCUUUUAUCUCGACAGGACCAAAACCUAAAGCCCGUCUGUACUCAUUGUCUUGUUCAUACUGUGGUUUUAAUUCUCUGUUUUUGAACUGAAUGUGAAAUCGUGUAGCUCUCCUUUAUAAGUGUAUUUGUUUUUAUACAAGCAGGUGUGGGUGGAGCCUUGGACCUGUGUGGGCGGGGUUUAUCCUAAUGGACAUUACACUGCGAUGCAAAGCUACUUCCUAUUUUUCCGACACAGAGGGCGCCUCUCAUCUGUGAUUCAUUUUUGUGCAAUAUCCGAGUAUAUGAACCAUAUCCUAUUAUAUAAAACCUACGGCCCGGGCCGAAGCCUAUAAUGGUUUUUUUUUUCUCUGUCGGUGUUUCUGUGCUGCAGCGCCACAUCGCACCACUCGCCUUCAAACGUCUUAGACACUGGAUAUUGUCAAAUGUACAGGCUUUUAUUGUUUUGCUGUUUUUGUUUUCAUAGGAGUUGUAUUAAAGUUAUUUUCCACCGCGCUA